CUUGGUGUACGAGCGCCGUCCUCGGCAGUCUCUCUCCGUGAGCUGAGAAGGAGCGUGCAAAGCGAAAGCGACCGACUGCUGCCUCUGCCGCCAUCAACAUGCGCGAAAUAGUGCAUCUCCAGGCUGGACAAUGCGGGAAUCAAAUCGGGGCGAAGUUCUGGGAAGUCAUCAGUGAUGAACACGGCAUCGACCCCACAGGAACAUACCACGGGGACAGCGAGCUGCAGCUCGAGAGGAUCAGCGUGUACUACAACGAGGCCACAGGAGGAAAGUAUGUCCCUCGAGCCAUCCUGGUGGACCUGGAGCCCGGCACUAUGGACUCUGUGCGAUCCGGACCCUUUGGACAGAUCUUUAGGCCCGACAACUAUGUGUUUGGCCAAAGCGGAGCUGGCAACAACUGGGCCAAGGGGCACUACACAGAGGGGGCGGAGCUGGUGGAUUCGGUGCUGGACGUGGUGAGGAAGGAGGCGGAGAGCUGCGACUGCCUGCAGGGCUUCCAGCUGACACACUCGCUGGGCGGGGGCACCGGCUCGGGCAUGGGCACCCUGCUCAUCAGCAAGAUCCGCGAGGAGUACCCCGACCGCAUCAUGAACACCUUCAGCGUGGUGCCCUCCCCCAAGGUGUCCGACACCGUGGUGGAGCCCUACAACGCCACGCUCUCCGUGCACCAGCUAGUGGAGAACACAGACGAGACCUACUGCAUCGACAACGAGGCUCUGUAUGACAUCUGCUUCCGCACGCUGAAGCUGACCACGCCCACCUACGGCGACCUCAAUCACCUGGUGUCGGCCACCAUGAGCGGCGUCACCACCUGCCUGCGCUUCCCCGGCCAGCUCAAUGCUGACCUCCGCAAGCUGGCCGUCAACAUGGUUCCCUUCCCCCGCCUUCACUUCUUCAUGCCCGGCUUCGCUCCCCUCACCAGCAGGGGGAGCCAGCAGUACCGCGCCCUGUCCGUCCCAGAGCUCACCCAGCAGAUGUUCGACGCCAAGAACAUGAUGGCCGCCUGCGACCCGCGUCACGGCCGCUACCUGACGGUGGCCGCCGUCUUCCGAGGCCGCAUGUCCAUGAAGGAGGUGGAUGAGCAGAUGCUGAACGUGCAGAACAAGAACAGCAGCUACUUCGUGGAAUGGAUCCCCAACAACGUCAAGACGGCCGUCUGCGACAUCCCGCCCCGCGGCCUCAAGAUGGCCGCCACCUUUAUCGGCAACAGCACGGCCAUCCAGGAGCUCUUCAAGCGCAUCUCCGAGCAGUUCACCGCCAUGUUCCGUCGCAAGGCCUUCUUGCACUGGUACACUGGCGAGGGCAUGGAUGAGAUGGAGUUCACCGAGGCGGAGAGCAACAUGAACGACCUGGUGUCCGAGUACCAGCAGUACCAGGAUGCCACAGCUGAGGAGGGUGAGUUCGAAGAGGAAGGUGAAGAGGAAGUCGCUUAAACUCUAUUUCCGGAAAAGAAUCCCCCGUCUGUUCAACAAUUAGAUCCCCAACCCAACAGUUAAAGCAUAUGUGUUAUACCUUUAAGGGACACAGAAAAUGCUGUUUUUCUCUGUGUUUACUGCAUGAAUUCAGUCACCCUUCAAUGUCAAUCCUACAUUUCCCUGCACUUCAACAAAUAACACAUAAGCAGUGAAACCAUUCAGCUAUAAAAAUGGAAGGAAGACACAGUGAAAUGUCACCUGUAAUUUAUUAAAGAUGUAUUGAAUUUCUGA